AUGAGUCAACAUAAUGGACCUAUAAAGCCAGGUUUUUACUGGUGUGAGUGUUGCGAGAGAUUUGUUGUUAACAACGCAGCUUGUAGAAGAACUCAUAACGAGACAAUUACACACAAAGCGAAUGCAGCCAAAUAUGAAAAACGAAAAAAGCAAGAAAGACUCCAAAACGAAGCCGCCAAUAGAGAGGUUCAAGAGCAACUUGCAAUCAUUAAAGCUAAAGCAACUCAAAACUACUUAAAAAACGAUGUCCAAAAGCAAAACGAUCGCAGUGCGUUAGAUGAACAUGUUAAUGAUUUAGAUGAAGUUGAACGUGCAAAAGAGCUAUAUGGUGAAGAAUUUUACGAGCAAGAGGUGAAAGAAGGUAAACAAAAGCUUGAUAAAACAGAAAUAUAUAAUGAUUUCAUGAAACAACUUCCAACUCAUAUAUUGGCCAAAUAUCGUCAGCCAAUUAACAAAUUCCAAUAA